UUCUCUCAGUAAAACCUUAGUGGAUGAGCACAAAUGUGUUAGAAAUUUCAAUAUUUCAAAUUUACUGAGUCCCAGAUGGCUAGCAAGAUACUUUUUGAAGGAGUUGAUAAUGAAACCUAACUUGAAGUGUAAGGAGAUGCAAUCAAUAAUUAGGACCAAAUUUCAUUGUGGUGUGUCUUGGUCUAAGGAUUACAGAACAAGGUGUAGAGCAAUGACCAUUAUAGAUGGUAAACUCACAGAACAUUAUGCUAGGGUGUGGGACUAUUGUCAUGAGUUACUAAGGUUAAAUCCUGGUAGCACUGUCCAAGCUGGUGUCACUAUAAAUCCAGAUCAAACAACAUACUUUCACAGGAUGUAUUUGUGUUUUAAAGCAAUCAAGGAAGGUUGGAAAAUAGGGUGUUGUAGGGUAAUUGGUCUAGAUGGAUCUUUCUUGAAAGGGACAUGUAAAGGAGAAUUACUCACAGCAAUAGGGAGGGAUGCAAACAACCAAGUUUAUCAAAUUGCUUGGGCAGUUGUUGACAUUGAAAACAAAGCUAAUUGGAAAUGGUUUCUGGAACUGCUCACAGAGGAUCUUAAUCUUCUAGAUGGAGGAGGGUUUACUGUCAUUUCUGAUCAAUAUAAGGGAUUGAUUGAAGCAACCAAGGAAUUCCUACCAAAUGUGGAGCAUAGACAGUGUGCAAGACACAUAUAUGCUAACUUUAGGAAGACCUAUUCUGGAGUGGAGUUCAAGAAUAUGUUCUGGGCAACUUCCUUAUCAACUGUAGAGAGUGAAUUUCUGAGGAAAAUGGAUGAUAUAAAAGAGGAUAAUCCAAAUGCUUAUGAACAUUUGAUUGCAAGACAUCCUCACACAUGA